UCAGCUCUGCUAAAGAGGUCCUCAAAAAACAUGCUGCCACUGCUCCUCGAGUAGAAGACAGACCCAUCUCUCACUGGAGGUCCCGUCUAACCCUAAACAUGAUGUCAGAGGACUUCACCUUCAACAGAGGGACCUUGCCAAGUGAUGUCCGGCGCUACAUGAGAGUAUUUCAGGAUGAGAACAGGAUGGUAUAUCUCCCACUUCUACAUAUUGAUGAACUCAGUGUCAGGGUAAAGGACAUGAUGGAGAUUAACGGCUCCACAACCAAACUACCUCUUACAAUAUCCUACGAAGGCCUAUCGCUGAGGCAAUUCCGUCUCUGGAUCCACAUGCAGGAUGUAAUGUUUUCACUGAAACGUUUUGGGUUCACUGAGGUGAAUAUAGAUGAAAUCAAAGGUGUUCUUGUGGACAACAACUUGUACCUGUUAGCAUUGACUACCUUGGUGACCGCAUUCCAUUUCAUAUUUGAAUUCCUGGCCUUUAAAAAUGACAUAAGCUUUUGGAGGAAGAAGAAAAGCAUGGUGGGCAUGUCUCGCAAAACAGUGCUGUGGAGAUGCUUUAGCACCAUAGUGAUUCUCCUGAAAAUGCUGGAGGAACGAAGCAGCUUGCUAGGUCUCAUUCCUGUUGGAAUAGGAACCACAAUUGAGGUAUGGAAGGUCAAACAGGUGUCCAAAAUACAGCUACAGUGGAGAACCUCUAGGUCUAUCGUUCAUGUUGGUAAAUUUGAUGAGUCAGAGAGAAAGACUAUACAACAUGACACACAGGCAAUGAAAUGCCUGUCUUAUUUAGUGUACCCUCUGUCUAUUAGUGGAGCCAUCUUCUCUCUGGUAUACCUGAGGUAUAAAAACUACUAUUCAUGGUUAAUCAACAGCCUUGUCAGUGGGAUUUAUGCUUUUGGAUUCCUCUCUAUGGCUCCUCAGCUGUUCAUUAACUUCAAGUUGAAGUCUGUGGGCCAUUUGCAAUGGAACGUAUUGAUGUAUAAAGCAGUCAAUACAUUCGUCAACGAUGCCUUUGCCUGUGUCUUCAGCACACACCCAUCCCACCAGCUGGGCUGCUUCAGGGAUGAGAUUCUGUUUCUCCUCUAUCUUUACCAGAGGAGGCUUUACUCUACAAACAAGACCAGAUGUCGUGAGUAUGGAUCAUGCCACCACAACCACAGGAAACUCAAAGCCCAAUGA